AUGUCGAAGCCAGACGCUCAGGAAGAUGCUGCUCGUCAGCGCAUCAUCAAGCACAUGAACGCCGAUCACCAGGACUCAAUCCGUCGAUACCUCGAGGCCUACAGCAACAAAUCGGUGUUUCAAACUCGCAAUGCGCAAAUGACGGAUAUCAGCCUCAAUGAGAUGAAAUUCGUGUGCAACGGCCAGCACCACACCAUCGCGUUCGACCCUCCGAUGGAAUCGCUUCGCGAGGCGCGAGAACGGGUAGUGCAGCUCGACAAACAAGCUUUGCAGAUACUAGAUCGCAGCGACAUUACCAUCGACAGAUAUGUACCGCCAACUGCGAAACUUGGCCAUUUCUUGAACUUCUCUCAAUGUCUUCUAUGCUAUCUUCUUCUUCCGCAUCAGUGGAUCUGGCAGCCUGGCUCACCUCUCUAUGACACGCUUUUCUACCGCAUCCCAGCGUUUGCGAAACUCAAUGCGCUAGUCGGUUGGUGGGUUGUGUUCAUCAUCAUGAUCCCUGUCCAUACAUUCGAGGCUGGAAUCAUGGGGCGCAGGUUGAGGAAGAAGCACGGCCUGACACCACUAGAUUGGGUGUGGUGGGCCUGGACAGCGAGUUGCUUCGUGGAAGGUAUUUCCUCUAAGUGGAGGCUGGAUGCGUUAGUCGAAGAGAAGAGGAAAGAGAAGGAUGCAAAGAAGCACUGA